AUGGAAGCUGGUGCGUCAUCGUCAUCUUCUCGUCCUCCUGUGUUCAGUAAACCUCCAAUCUUCCUAACCAAGAGAUUCGACAAGGAAGAAAAAAUGUCUACUCCGUAUGAGAAAUUGGAACUGGUAAUCGAACAACCUGUAGACUUCGAAAGUCUGAAAGCUAAUGGGUAUGAUGUUAAGAAGUAUUUUGAAGAUCAGUAUUGGAUGAACUUCUUUGACAUUCUGAAUGGUCCGGUUUAUACUGAGUUAGUAAAGGAUUUUUGGCCAAGAUGCGAAGUGGUGGAAAAGGAAGACGCUGAUAGGGAAUACAAACUGAAGGUUGCUGAGAAUCCAAAGGUCAACAAAGGGAAAUCUCGUCGUGAUUUGGGUUUAAGAGAGUUUACAGAAACAGAAAUUAGGUCUGGAGUUUCUGGGUUUGAAGUGGUUAUUACUCAAACCACAAUUGCUGAACUUCUGAAAAUUCCUAAUGAAGGAUUUUGUAUCGACUUUAGCAAAGAAGGAAGAGAAUCUCCUUAUGCUAACAUGAUCAACAGAUAUCUGUAUGAAUCUGAACUCUCUGAACCAACAAACAAGACUCUCCAUCUGAAGAAACCAGUUAAGGUUCUGGUUAAGAUUAUGCAAGGUUCAAUCUUUCCCAGGUCAGGAGGAACAGACCAAGUGUCUUGGAAUCACAGACACUUUCUGUUCAAGCAUCAGGGCUGGUAUGGCUGUCAGGAAUCCCUCCAAGAAGAUUGUCUAACCCAGAUUGAUUAG